GUGUGCCGGUAUAUUGCCACGUUUCCUGCUGAAGUCCAAAGUGUGAAAAUGUUGCGUUUGUCCUUUUUGGUCGUGCUUUAUGUUUGCGCCGUAUUUGCCAACAAAAGAACACUAGUCUUAGUGGAUAAUUGGUCAGUCAGAGAAACUCAUUCUGUAUUUUUCAGAACUCUGAGAGAUCGAGGAUUUGAGCUGACCUUCAAGACAGCAGAUGAUUCCAGUCUGGCCUUGGUGAAAUAUGGAGAGUUUCUGUAUGACAAUCUGAUUCUGUUCUCGCCAUCUGUAGAAGAGUUUGGAGGAUCGCUUGAUGUUGCUGCCAUAACCAACUUUAUUGAUGGAGGUGGAAACGUCUUGGUUGCAGCUAGUUCAGAUAUUGGGGACCCAGUCCGUGAGUUGGCUACAGAGUGUGGUGUGGAGUUUGACUAUGAAAAAACGGCCGUAAUUGAUCAUCUUAACUAUGACAUCAAAGACCAAGGGAAGCACACAAUGAUAAUUGCGGACUCCAAAAAUCUGCUGGACGCUCCCUUGAUUGUGGGUUCCAAGAACAUCAACCCCCUGCUAUACCGCGGAGUUGGAAUGGUGGCUGAUCCAGAGAACCCCCUUGUGUUGAGUGUUCUCCAUGCCUCCUCCACUGCUUACUCCUUCUCCCCCGACAAAGCUAUUGACGAUUAUCCUCAUGCUGUUGGCAAAAACACGCUUCUCGUAGCUGCCCUGCAGGCCAGAAAUAAUGCAAGAGUUAUCUUCCUUGGCUCCCUGGACUUCUUCAGUGAUGAGUUCUUUACUGCCAGUGUCCAGAGUGGAAUGUCCAACAAACAAUUCCCAAAAUCUGGCAACGAGGAUCUGGCUCUGAGUUUGACCCAGUGGGUGUUCAAGGAGAAGGGUGUGCUCCGUGUGGGAGCAGUCAAACACAAUAAGCAGGGAGAGAAGGAACCACCCCAGGCUUACACUGUCUUUGAUAUGGUGGACUACUCCAUUGAAAUUGAAGAACUGAAGGACGGCAAGUGGAAACCAUUCAGUGGUCAAGAUGUGCAGCUCGAAUUUGUCCGUAUCGACCCAUUUGUGAGAACAACUCUCAAGAACUCUAAUGGUAAAUUCCACAUAACCUUCAAAUUACCUGACGUUUAUGGAGUCUACAAGUUCCAGGUGGAUUACAACAGAGUGGGCUACACACACCUGUACAGUACAACUCAGGUAUCAGUGAGACCUCUACAACACACACAGUAUGAGAGGUUCAUUUACUCUGCUUAUCCCUACUAUACCAGCGCUUUCUCCAUGAUGGUCGGAGUCUGUGUAUUCAGCCUGGUGUUCCUACACUUUAAAGAAGAACCCAAAGAAAAGAAAGAAUAACCACAGCAUGACAGAAAUAACAUCUUAUCAACUACUUUAAAGCUUUAUUUUUGUACAUUUUGUUUAAUCUUUGUGUUAAUAUUUUGUGAACAUUCAUAAAGUUUUGGGUAAAAACGAGAUUUGGUUUCAGACUUAAGUUUUCAUUUCAAUAUCAUGAUUGUACAUGUACAUUUUAUAACCUCAGUAAAAGAAUGAAAGUUGUGGAAGUAAAUGUUGUGAUGCAUUUUGGAAUGAUUAAAAGAUCAUGUUUAGGUACUUUUUAAAGAAAAUAAUAAAUUAUUCCAUUUUC